AUGGCAAAGUUGGCAUCUCUUUUAAUAGUGGUGUUGAUCAUUGGAAUGAUUUCCAGUUCUGCUAAUGGAUGGACGUCGGGCAGACGUCGGCGACGAUUUAGGAUCAGGUUUCCACCUGUUCAGUCCGGCUCCGGCUCCGUCUCCGGCGACAACCACAACGCAGGCCCCAACGACGACGACACAGCCCCCGACGACAACUCAGCCCCCGACGACAACUCAGCCUCCGACGACAACUCAGCCCCCGACGACAACUCAGCCUCCGACGACAACUCAGCCUCCGACGACAACUCAGCCUCCGACGACAACUCAGCCUCCGACGACAACUCAGCCUCCGACGACAACUCAGCCUCCGACGACAACUCAGCCUCCGACGACAACUCAGACCCCGACGACAACUCAGCCCCCGACUACCGCAGGCCAAGAAGAAAUUGAUUCUGAUCUGCUUGAAAUGUGUGAAGACUUAUGAAUGAUUAAAAAAUAUAGGUCAACAUUACCGUGUUUAUUAAAUAUGAGAAGUUGACUGAAAGGUGCUGGGUUUUGUUUUACUGUUUUCUCUCUUUGGUUAUAUAGUCACAGAAUUAUCAUUAUAGCGAGAAAAAAAUGCUACUAAUAUUUUUAUCGGUUGUGAUUUACCCCGUGCUUUA